AUGCCAAUCGAAUUGAACAGUACCCUUCAUAGCUGGAUCAAGUCUUAUACCAAACAACCUAUAAAAAACAUGCCAACUGAACCAGACAAAUACGAUUUGCUUGGAUUCCCAGGCAUCCAAGCAGAGCAUACCAAAGAGUACAUCCGAAAGCUGUGGCUUGUCGCGGAGAACGAUCGCACUUUACAUCCUAAGUUCUUGGACUCAGUUGUUAUCAAAUUCGCAGAACAAGUGAACAAAGUGGUCAAUGAGUUCGCGCAGAAGGAGGAUAAGCGUUAUAAAGAGUUGUGUGGCGACGCUUUUCUCGAGAAAGAAGCUGUACAUAUACUCAAAGACCUGAAAUUUGGGCAGGAGAUAUGGGGCGAGAACUCCGGGGCUAAGACACGACUAAAGAGCAAUCUGCAAGGGCAACGGCCUCGGUGGGGUGUCCAGACAAAAUCCGGAUAUAAGAGCAACGACGAAGACAGUAUUCAACUGAAUCUCCGACACUGGAUGGCUGCUCGUAUACAAGCCAAGAUAAACGCACCUUGCAGAGAGAAAACAAGCGUUCCUUUAGCGACAGUGAAACAUACCGCACAGCCAUCAUCAGAACUUACAUCACCAUCACGCUCACAGCAGUCUAAGCUUAUUCAAGAAAAAGGCUUUUCAGAUGCACCUAAGCUCACAUCGUUGUCAAAGCGCCAUAGAAAUCAUUCUCUUCCAACGGUUAGGGGAGGUUCAACAGCAGACAGUAGCCGAUCUAGGAGUAGAGAAAACCCGGGCGAAUCGAGCGAUUCGGACAAAUCCUUCUCUUUCACAAGCUUCGUGGUUACUGGAUCAGAAGUAGACUUUCCCCAAUCAGCAGUUAAUCAAUCUAAACGCCGAAGGAUAGACAUCCCACAAGGUCGGUCGCACACUCGAUCUCCUCAACUGAGUUCAGAGACCACGUCUGUAGUGGAUAUCCAUGUGCCCAGUGACGAAUCCGCCGAUAUCGUAAUAUCAGACGCAUCUAGUAAGAACAACAACGUCGACAUCGAUAAAGACAGCCUAUCGGGGGCCGAUGCAAUGAAACGAAAGCUACAACUUAACCUUACUCGCUUCCUGGACGGUGAACCAGAUUACGCCGGCAUACUACGUGAGGUUAUACCACCUGCGAAGCAGCUUUAUGCGAUCAGCCAGCAUUGCAAACCCCACAGUGACUUGGAGAUUGAGUUUGGCGAUUUCAACCGCGCAUUGAUCCAUUGGGAAAAUCUUCUCGAAAGGCGCCCGGCUUCUUCUGAUGUCGUACGAUCGCUUCUUGAGGAUCCCAUUCAGAAACUAGCUGAUCAGGCGAACUUUGAAGAUCGUGUAGCUCUGUUUCAUCAUUCUGGGUCGAGGUCCCACGUGGAAUUUCCUCCUCAGAGAUGGGCCAUCUCCCUUGCCCUGUUUUUUGAAGGGUUGUUGGGCGAUGCUUACAUGCCUUUUUCAUUCAAGGUUCUGGUGAAUAAAUUGAGGACUGUUAAUCAAACCCUAUAUGACACUGUUUGA